GCAAACAACUGGCCUUCCCGGCAGAUAUCAUCGACACGAACCUAAGACCAGACUUGAUCCUGUUUUCUAGGAAAACGACCCAGGUAGUGCUGCUAGAAUUGACUGUUCCCCGGGAGGACAGGAUGGAAGAAGCGAACGAGCGGAAACGAAUGAAGUAUCAGGAACUGGUGAGCAGAUGUAGAGAGAAAGGUUGGAAGACCUGGUACUUCCCAGUGGAAGUAGGAUGCAGGGGUUUCAUAGGACAGACCUUGUGGAAGGCACUGGGACAGUUAGGAGUAACAGGAAAGAAGAGGAGAGAAGUAACUAAGAGAGUCACCAAGACUACCGUCGAUGCCUCACUCUGGGUAUGGACACUGAGGACUACCACCCAAUAACCACUCGCCGGGCAGCGAGUGGCCGUCGCUGUCGCCCCGCUGGCUAGAGACGUACUGCAACAAGGGGCGAAACGUCAAGGAAAGCCAGUUUGCAGCUGAUGACGGCGAGUGGAGAGCAGAGUCCGACCCUCUGUAUGAUGUAAGCUACAUAUCCGCGGUGCCUGGUAGAUGCUAUAGUCACGCACCUAGCGGCCAUGACGAGGAAAGACAGCCCAAAGCCCCAUCCACUGCAGUAGGUCACAUGACAAGACAAUACGUUACGUGCCUAGAGUUGCCAAGACAACUUCUCCGUCUUCCGAGUCACGUCUUCCGAGUUCGAGCUCAGACAACGCGCGCGCAAGCUGUGUCCACAACGACAGCGGUCAUUCAAAAUGGCUGAAAACGCGAAUGAAGCUCUGCUGCAUGCUGCUAAAAUCGGCAGCAUUCAAGGCGUGAAAACAGCUCUGAAAGCAGGUGCGGACAUUGACUACGCCGGCGCCCGGGACGGCCAUGAGAUCACCGACGCAACAGCUCUGUACAUCGCUUCCUUCGUGGGACAUGCCGGUGUAGUGAGACUGCUGAUUCGCAAGGGGGCGUCUUUAACGAAGAGAUCCAUUGGAAAAUCUAAUUCUCCCCUUCUUAUAGCAGCGGCCAAAGGGUACACAGAAGUGGUGGAGUUGCUGGUGCGUCACGGCGCAACAUUAGACACAAGGGAUGCCUACCAGAGGACGCCGCUCAUGGUGGCCUGUUCUUACAAACAGGUCGACGUAGCUCGGCGACUGAUCGAGUUCGGAGCAAGAGCUGAUUUGACUGACGCCAAAGGCUUGACGGCCCAACAGCACUGCGAACGGGACGUAGAACUGACGAAGCUGGUACAAGAGGCACUGCAGACCAGGCUGCUGAGAUGCUGCAACACUACAUGUGGCAAACCGGGAUACAGGUCCACCCUGAAGCUGUGUGCCCGGUGCAAGCUGACCCGGUACUGCAGCCGAGACUGUCAGAAACAACACUGGUCUGUCGGACACAAGAAGAGCUGCGGACAUGACACGUUCUCUGACGAUGGCUCAAACCCCUACCUAAAAUUUUCCAAGUUGAAGACUGUCAAACAAAAAUAUAUGUCACACGAAAUCUUCAGUUCAAACUCCGGCAGCGACACACAAGCUGUGCCCACAACAACAACAGCGGUCCUGAGUGACGACAUGGCGGAAAACGCGAACGAAGCUCUGCUGUACGCUGCUCAGAACAGCUGUCUACAAGGCGUUAAAGAUGCUCUGAAAGCAGGUGCCGACGUUGACUACGACCAGUUGGGACGCGGACGUGUGAUUGAACAAACGUCUCUCUUCCUGGCUUCCGUCUACGGGGAUGUGGACAUCGUGAAGCUGCUGAUCCGCAAGGGGGCGUUCGUGUCGAAGAGAGCCUCAGGAACAUCAUCCGCGCCCCUUCAUGCAGCAGCGAGCCAAGGGCACACAGAAGUGGUGGAGUUGCUGGUGCGACACGGCGCAACGUUAGACAUCCGGGACGCCUCCCAGAUGACCCCACUCAUGGUUGCUAUCCAAUACAAACAAGUGGGCACCGCUCGGCAACUGAUUGAGCUUGGGGCGAGAGUUGAUCUGACCGCCAAUCAGGGCGCGACCGCCAAGGGGCUCUGCGAGUUUUACCUAUUUGGAGAAAAGUACCACAGCGCACGUAAAGAGCUGACGGAGCUGAUACAAGAGGCGAUUGAGACCAAGCUGCUGAGAUGCUGCAACCCUACAUGUGGCAAACCGGGCUACAGGUCCACCCUGAAGCUGUGUGGCCAGUGCAAGCUGACCCGGUACUGCAGCCGAGACUGUCAGAAACAACACUGGCUGAGCGGGCACAAGAGGAGCUGCGGACAUGACGCGUACACCGGCGCCGAACCAAACCCCCUCCUAGAAUUGGCCAAGUUGAUGACAAGGAACCCCAAACUUAUAUAGCUUAGGGCAUGUACCACAAACGUAACCGUCUACAGACUCAACAACUUUUUGAAUGUUGAACCUUGGUAUGAAAUGUCCUGG